CGUUUAUUUCCUCCCCCACCAUACUGAUGUAUUCGAAUACUUUUUUAAUAUAAUCGGUUCUAUAUUUAGCCUAAUUAUUUUUAUCUUAUUAUUACCAUGAACAAAUGGCGUUGAUUUUCACAAAAUCCGCCCUGUUUAGGAGCCCCAGGGUGUACAAUGUGGCCACUUUUAGUAAGUUCGGCAAGUUUCUAGAGGAUAAAAAGUACAAGAAAUGCUUUAAAAUAUUGGAAAUUGAUGAGUCAAGUGAUCAAGAACAAAUCCGAAUUGCUUAUUUACAACUGGUUAAAAGGUAUCAUCCAGAUAGUGGCACUGAGGAAGCUAACGCUGAUAAAUUUCAAGAAAUUGAUCAAGCUUUUAAAACAAUAAUGCAGAAGAAAUCCAAAGAGAGAUGGGAAGUACCAGAGGAUCCAAUUAUUCAAGAACAAGACAUCAAGCACACUGCUCCUCAACACAGGCAAUUUUUAACUUUUGAAGGGGUGGGCUCAGGUAACCCAUACCAAAGGGAGAAACAAUACACAAAAGUAAGAGCCAUGCAGGCAGCCGAGAAUGUUUACAAUCACAGAAUUUCUAAAGUUACUGCCGAAGAAAAUGCUUUAAUGGAUAAAACUCCUGUGAAACAUAAAAUUAAAACAAAGUAUGGGUAUGAGAGGCUUGUGGAGGACCUAAUUCAAGAGUCAAUGUCUAAAGGGGAGUUUAAUAAUUUGAGAAACAGUGGGAAACCUUUGCCCGACCAGAAUAGGAACCCUUAUGUGGAUUUCAUAACGCAUAAAUUAAAUGAGGUUUUAAUUGACAAUGGUUUUACCCCGGAAUGGAUUCUGCUGCAAAAAGAGAUCAGAGAUGAAGCAGCUUUAUUAAGAAAAUGUCUUUUUACUGAAAGGCAGUACUUUGGCCCCUAUCCUUUAACUAUCGAAGACAACAUCGAAUGGAGUGAAAAAGUAUACAAAUAUAAAAAUAUCGUCGAGCAAAUUAAUAAAAAAAUUGCGAAGUUCAAUCUGGUGGUUCCUGUGUUGAACAAGCAAAUGUUGCAAAUUUGUUUGGAAAAAGAGGCACAACGAGCCAUGGUGCUAGGUGAAGGUUAUGAGGACCUAAGACAAGAAAAAGGCAAUAAUAAGUAUAAGAAACUGGAGGAUUCGAAUGUAAAUAUUUUUAACUUUUUUGAUUUUAUUUUUAAGCCAAAAUGACUGAUCGGCAGCUAUUUUAGUUUCUAUGUGUAAAAAUGUAUAUAUAAUGUAAUAUGUAAACUAGGCAAAAAGAGAUUAAAACGCAUAAAACCAAAUAUAAUAAGUUUAAUUUA